AUGAGUCCUGAGCUUGGAAGAUAUCUACGGGAGGCUGAUGUGCGCAAAUGGGCUCGUUCUCUCUUCCCUGGUGAAAGGUAUGGCAUUAGGACCACAAACCUUGCGGAGUCGAUAAAUUCAGUUCUGAGAAUACCUAGAGAAUAUCCGGUUAUUCCUUUGCUAGAUAGUAUAAGAGAAUUGUUGACUCGAUGGUUCAAUGAGCGUUGUUUGGUAAGCUCUAAGCAUCUUGAUCCUUUAACCACUAAGGUAGAGAAAAAGAUUGAUAGGAGAAUUGUGAAGGCAAAAGGGUUUCAAGUCUACAAGGUUGACAACUUCAAAUCGCUUAUGAAAGGAGACAUAUAUGAUUGUCAUGUUGAUUUGGAAAGAAGAACAUGCACUUGUGGGAACGUGAAAACCGCCUAUGCGGAAUGCAUUAAUCCAAUAGCAGUUCCAGAGUCUGAAUGGAAUGUCCCUGCUGAGGUUAAAAUUGCUAAGGUUUUACCACCAGAGACAAGAAAGAGUGCUGGUCGGCCAAUAAAGAGAAGCGAUGUUCUGUUUAAGAAUCUAUUUGACUAUUUGGUAUUUGCUAAACUCUUGAGACUAGUCGUGAUCUUGAAACUUAUUGAUCUUGAAACAUAG